AUGGUGCGCCUCCUUUACUUGCGCGUGCGAACCCUCAGCUACAACGCUCUGGAGGGCCCUAUACCGGCUUCCUUCAGCGCCCUUGCUUCGCUCGCCUUCCUUGAUCUGCAGUCCAACACGCUAAACGACUCCAUUCCAGAUGCCAUCUCGCACAUGACUGCUCUCACCGGCCUCCAUCUCUCCAACAACCAGCUGUCUGGUGCCAUUCCCCCUGCCAUCAGCGCCCUCAAAACCCUGAAAGAGCUACUUAACCUCUGUGAUCGUGCAUCACUCUCCCUCUCCCACAUCACUCUCCCUCUCCCACAUCACUCUCCCUCUCCCACAUCACUCUCCCUCUCCCACACCACUCUCCCUCUCCCACAUCACUCUCCCUCUCCCACAUCACUCUCCCUCUCCCACACCACUCUCCCUCUCCCACAUCACUCUCCCUUUCCCACAUCACUCUCCCUCUCCCACAUCACUCUCCCUCUCCCACAUCACUCUCCCUCUCCCACAUCACUCUCCCUCUCCCACAUCACUCUCCCUCUCCCACAUCACUCUCCCUCUCCCACAUCACUCUCCCUCUCCCACAUCGCAUUUCAAACUUCGACACGGCUAGUGUGUGACUGCACUGCCUUCACCCCGAGCUCCAUGCUGUGUGCUGCUCGCAGGUCCAUGGCCAACAAUGAGCUCGAGGGGACCAUCCCUGCCUUCCUCUCUUCCUUAAAAACACUCACCCACCUUUCCUUGAACGACAACAAGCUUGAGGGAUCCAUUCCAAGCACCAUUGCCCAACUGCACGAUCUCUCCUGGCUUUUCCUUUCGUACAACUCUCUCACUGGCAACCUUGAGGACCUUACCCCACUGACCAAUCUAAUUGGACUGGAGUUAUCCAGCAACGCCAUAUCAGGGCACCUUCCCUCCACCCUAAGGGAACUCCCUCGUCUGGAAACCCUGCUGAUCUCAAACAACAACCUCUCAGGCGCUAUCCCCUUUUCCAUCUCCGGCCUCUCUCGGCUUCUCACUCUGCUGUUGGACGGCAACGCAUUGGAGUCUCCUAUCCCCACAAGCUUGAGUGCUCUGCGGGCGUUGAAGCUCAUGGACCUAAGCAAGAACAAGUUCUCGGAGGACUUUCCGACUGUCCUCACCCGGAUGACACAAGUGGAGCACAUGAAGCUGAGCAGAAACGACUUCACGGGCAGCAUCCCUGCCUCCAUCACGUCUCUCGCUUCCCUCACCUACCUUGAUCUAGGCUACACGUUGCUAUCGGGCACAAUUCCCACCGCCAUCACCAAAAUGCAACACCUCUCUCGCCUUGACCUGCAAAUACCAACACUCACUGGCUCUGUCCCGGCCUCCAUGGGCGCCAUGCUUAAUCUGCAGUACCUCUACGUCAACUACGAGGCGACGCCAUGCGGUUCCGGGGAGUGCGAGGUGGUGCAGUACUCCGGCACAGCCUUCUGCCGUGCCUGCACUGACUUCUGCGACUCGUGCUCUCGUGAGGCUCCAAUCACCCCUCCAAAGUGUCGGAAGAAGCGCCGUGCCUGCUCGCUCAAGUCCUGCCCGGGCCGCAUCUGCAUUCCCUUCGUCCGCAGCUGCAAGGGCUACAAGUGCAUCUGA